UCCCCCCAGUGUGGGACAUCCCAAUGGGCGGAUUUCAGGAGAGUUUGACAAGGAAAGCUCUCAGUGUCGAUUCUCUCGUCAAGUGUUGUCCCGCGUGUUGGUCACUUGGCUGGAGUAUGAGCGGACCAAAACUACAGCAUCUUCUUGGCGUCUCUGUCUUUUCUCUCAUGCUGCUACCUCUGGUGUUGUCUUGUGACAGCAACCGGACUAUGAGAGAGAUCGCUGAGGACUACGAGGCCGUCAUCUCCCCGCUCCUUCAGAACCUUGAGAACAUCAUCACUGAAUCAUUAAAAGUGGCUGAUAAAAGCUGCACAGAGAAGGAAAUGCCUGUAUGUGAGAAGGAUAACGAGAGACAGUUUAUUCACAACAUGAUGUGUAGCCAUGGCAGACUUAUCAGAUUCUAUAAGCUAGAGAGGAUGAAGAGAGACAUCCUGUGCUCACUGGGCCACCACUGUCCUAGAAAACAGAGAUGUUCACAUCAGCAUCAGAGGAGAAAGAAGAAGAAGCCAGGAGGAGAAGCCAGGAGGGUGGAGGAAAAAGAGAGAACGGAGGAGAACAGAGGGACCAUGGAGGGAGGAGGGGAGAGGUUGGACAGUGGGAAACAGCAGGGACGAGAGAGAAGUAGGAGCACGGAGGCCAUGGAGAGGAGGAGACAGUGUGGACUGAAGGUGUUUGUGGACAGCCUGAAGGAGUGCUACAUGUCCCUGGCUGAGAGACAUGGAGACCUGACAUGAGAGGAGAGAUGCGGCCCGAACUAACCGCACCAAGACUUUAUAUGACCCCCUUUCAAACAGCCCCUUCUUUACCACUUUCUUGCAGGUAUACCCCUUCAUACAUUUCAGUGGCUAACUGGCAAAUUGAGAGGGGUGGAGGGUGUUGUUAAACCAUGGGGGCUGGUUGCAGUUCAAAUUAGGGAGGGUUUAAACAAUGGAAGUGUUAAUGAAUUUACCUGCAAAAAAGCAGAGAGAAACACUCUCACAGACUCAUACCUGUAUUUUAGUUACAGGGUCUGUGAAAAUUCAGGAAUCAUGACUAGGUCUUUAGGUGAUUUUUUAUUUCCCAUGCUUUCUACCCCUUACCCCCUUUCAUAAGCUUGGUUUCCAUCCAACUGGCGACAGAUGUGAAUAUUCUAAAAUCCACAUUAAAACAAAUAUGCACAUUUUCCC